GAGGCCGGGACUGCGCACGCGCGCCGGGACACAUAGGCGGAAGUGGCGCGCGGGCGCCGGCGACGCGAGUGCUUUUACAGGAGGCUGCUGCUGUGCUGGGAAGUACAGGAGUGGGAGUGGACGUGAUGGCGACAGACCUCGGGAAGGGAGACUCUCCGUCUGGCUGAGGCGCCACCUGGGCUGGGGUCACCUUUGCAGGUGCUACACCAGCUCUGAGGUCGGCGUGCCUCCUUCCCGGGGCCCUCCGCCGUGUUUGGGACUCGGACCUCCCUUCCCUCAGAGAAUCUUGACACUGCCCACCUUCUUCAGCCAGAAAGAGUAUGCGGGGAGCGAGUGUGGUCGGAAUGCAAGGAGCGGGUGACUUCCUUUUUAAAAGAACAGCACCGUAAGCGCAGGGUGUCCAGGGAGGAGCAUCUGUUCAUGCUCGCCCCUUACCCCUCUCCGGCUGGCGAGGACUCCCUCAGGCCUCUUCCGGGUGGGGGUCUUUCAGCGGUGCUCUGGGCCUUCGGAGAACUGUCAGUCGCUUGGAUUCCUCAACAACUACUUCCGGGUUCUUCGUUAAAUAAGGGCCCUCAGCUGUACUUCUCUCCGCUUGACUUGCUGUGGAAGGUCUUGGCUCAGCAAACCAAAGGACAGAACAAAAGAUAGCAGAUCAACAAAGAUAACUUUGGAAGCACUGAAUGCAGCAAAAUAGGAACAAUGGAUCUCAAGUUCAACAGCUCCAGGAAAUAUGUUUCUAUCACUGUCCCUUCCAAAACCCAAGCAAUGUCACCACACAUCAAGUCAAUAGAUGACAUAGUAGUACUUGGCAUAAAUCUCAGCAGAUUUAACAAAUAUACUCAAUUUUUCAUAUGUGUUGCUGGAAUUUUUGUAUUUUAUCUAAUUUAUGGAUAUUUACAGGAAUUGAUAUUUUCAGUGGAGGGUUUUAAGUCCUAUGGCUGGUACCUUACUUUAGUGCAGUUUGGGUUUUACUCCAUAUUUGGCCUAAUAGAACUUCAGCUUAUUCAGGACAAAAGGAGAAGAAUACCAGGAAAAACCUACAUGAUAAUAGCUUUUCUAACUGUGGGUACUAUGGGGUUAUCAAAUACUUCCUUGGGCUACCUGAAUUAUCCUACCCAAGUCAUCUUCAAGUGCUGCAAAUUGAUUCCUGUUAUGCUAGGAGGAGUUUUUAUUCAAGGAAAGCGUUAUAACGUUGCAGAUGUGUCUGCUGCACUAUGCAUGAGCCUGGGCCUAAUAUGGUUUACCCUAGCUGACAGCACCAUUGCACCAAAUUUCAACCUGACAGGUGUGUUCCUUAUUUCCUUGGCACUGUGUGCAGAUGCUGUCAUUGGAAAUGUUCAAGAGAAAGCUAUGAAACUGCAUAAUGCUUCUAAUUCAGAAAUGGUUUUGUAUUCGUAUUCAAUCGGUUUUGUGUACAUUUUAUUGGGAUUGACAUGCACUAGUGGAUUACACCCUGCAGUAACAUUUUGUUCAAAGAAUCCAUUUCGGACCUACGGUUAUGCUUUCGUUUUUUCCCUCACUGGGUAUUUCGGAAUCUCCUUUGUUCUGGCUUUGAUUAAAACUUUUGGUGCACUUCUUGCUGUAACAGUGACAACAGGAAGAAAAGCAAUGACUAUUGUACUUUCAUUUAUAUUCUUUGCUAAACCAUUCACAUUUCAGUAUGUAUGGUCUGGUUUGUUAGUUAUCCUUGGUAUAUUUCUCAAUGUUUACAGCAAAAAUAUGGAUAAAAUAAGACUACCAUCACUCUGUGAUCUAAUUAAAAAAUCACUGGAAGAGAGAAAGUCAAGGACAUUGGCACAAACUGUAUAGGUAGUGAUUCAUCUGGUUUGAAAGAGAAUUUUAAGGGAACAGUCAUCAUUUAAUUUCCAAAGGGAUUAUUAUGAAAACCAAAGGAUCUGAAGGCAUGCUAUCAGUUUUGGGAUGGAUUGCAUAUGAAUUGGUUUCAUGAUCUCAGCCUUUUCUUCAGAAACUUGUUGGACUGUUUGACUUCUGAAGGAAGCAAGAGUCAUUGUCUAGCACACAAGCAUAAAAUGUCAAUAUGAAGGAUUGUAAUUCUUAGCAGUUUAUUGAAGAUUUUCACUGGAAACAGACCAUGUUAUAGUAAAAAUUGGAUAUCAUUUAUGACAUAUCAAAGAAAUUGAUAUGCAGUGGAUUGUUUUGUCUUUGUUCCGUUUUGGUGGUGUAGUUUAAUUCUCUGCUAUAAGAAUGAAUUAAUGAUUUAAAGUCUGGAGGGAAUAUCAUUCAUUAUAAAUAAAAAUUAUUCUAUGAUUUUUUUUAAA